AUGUUUGACGUUAUCUGGAGCUUCGAACUGCAGACGGUGCAAACAGGAAUGACAAUGGAGGAGAAAAACUUUGUGCACGUUAAAGCCAGGGACCUGCAUGAUACCCAACAGCGUGAAUUGUAUUGCGCCGUCCGUGACGAUCCGGGUUAUGAGGAUUCAGAAGCUCAGAAGAUGCCUGAUCGACUACAAUCGUAA